AGCCGCCCCCAUAACCUAUCCUGACUUGCCUCUCUCUGGCAUUUCUUGUUUUUGGGUGACAAUUCUAGCAUUAGCUCUUAUUUGCCUCCAUUCCUCAUCGUCCUGUCCUUGUUUCUGUGGUCUGACUGCUUGGAUUCAAACCUAGCCGAGAACCCUAUUUCAGUUGCUACCAAGUUCUCAUCGCGAUUAUGGCUGAGGAGGCCGUUGUGAAGAAGCGGAAGGUGAUGGUGGCGCUUGACGGCAGCGACUUCAGCCGCCAGGCGUUUGACUUCGCCGUCGCAAAGAUUUUCCGACCGGAGAAGGACCUUGUGGUGCUGUUCAACGUCCGAGCUGCUAGCGGUGAUGCUGGUGCUGAGAACCCUAUUUUGGAGGAGUACAAGAAGCUGGCGGAGGAGAAAGGGUUGGAACACGUGACAAUUGAGGAGAAGGGAGACCCAAGGGAGGCAAUUAUCAGCACUGUGGAGAAGGAGAGUGUUGAUCUGCUUGUGAUUGGCAGCCAUGGGAAGGGCAUGACCAAGCGCUUGCUGCUGGGGAGUGUGUCGGACUACUGCGCUCAUCAUUCCUCUUGCCCGGUGCUGAUUCACCGACCCCAGCCUAAGAAGGCUUGAAGUUGUAGAUAAAGUGGGUGUGUAGCCCGGUACAUUAGACGUUUCAGUUGCUUGGGUUUGUGUGAUUGGGUUGCAUUGUAGUUAAGUGUGACUAUCAUUGGUAACAUACCUACAAUUGCUGACUAUACUCUCGGUUACUGACCUACUUUCUUAACGGCCUCGCUCACAAUCGGAGCAGUACUUUCCAUGUAGACUCUACGAAGCAAGCACACAACGA